UUCGCUGGCGUGAGAAUGUAGUUGUGGGUGAGCUCUAAAGCUGCCACGUAGAGCGAGCUGCACAAACGUGUAAGCGUCGUGGCCUUAAAGGAGGAAAAUUCAGCACCAUUCUCUUCUCUUCUCAGUUCUCACAUACCACCACAGCUUUGUUAGAGAGAGAGAGAGAGAGAGAGUAAUGGAAGAGAUCAGGUCGUCGCCACCGCCAACAGCCGCAAGUACCACGAAGAGAGAACAAGAAAUUUCAGCGACGUCACGGUUGAAGAAGGAUUGUAGUUGGUUCGCAGUUUCAGUGCAAGAGGGUUUUAGCUAUGUCAAAGCCUUCUUCUUUGGCCUGGCGAAAAAAAUGACGGCAAAGAAGGAGAGGGAAGCGACUGAAGCUGAUCUAAAGGCUGCUAAGAUGCAGGUUGAAGCUACUGAUGCUGCCGAGGAAACCAAGAAGAGACUUGACAAAUCUAUGUAAUUGACUAAUUGUUGUACACGACAUUUGUAUUA